AUGACUACAUACGAGUACUUCGUACAGGGCCGCAAAAGUCUAGAUAUUGCACCCACUUUUUUGGAGGCUCCUAAACUGCAUGCCGGGGGUUUCUCACGCUGCCGUCAGUCAUUGAAUUAUAGCAUUUCCCGUCGUGACAGUUGCCGGGAAUGGCUUAAAAUCCAGCCUUCGUUUUCAGAUCAAAGGUGCACAAUGACAAACGGCCUGCCCUGGGAAACCUGCCACACUAUUCUAAGUGGAAUAGUCGUUGCGUACAUCGGCGAUAACUCUGCUUCCAACAUUGACACAUUGACCAAUUCCAAUGCCCACCAGUGUGCGAUCGAUGCGCCGAUUAUUAAGGAGCUUGGGGCCAACGCCAUCAGCGUACACUACAUCGAUCCAGCUCAGAGCCAUGAUAAAUGCAUGCAGGCCUUCCAGGAUAAUGAGAUUUAUAUCAUUGCAACAUGGCAAGGCAGCGAGAUUAUUCUGAUGGGGACAUCCAACCAGGCCGAUCUCACUCCAUUCUUGAAGGGAGCAGUUCGAGAUAUGAAGGCCUAUGUUGUAGCUAGGCAGUAUCGUAAUAUACCCAUCGGGUAUUACACAAGCGACGACGAUAAUUGGGCUCAGCAAAUGGCGGAUUACUUGGUAUGUGGCGGCAGUAAGAGCGAAGCAAUUGACUUCCUCGGUGUUAAUGACUAG